UUCACCAGGGAAGAGGGGGCUCUGCUGGACCCCACUCGCAGAGCCCUUUACAGAGACGUCAUGCAGGAGAACUACGAGAAGGUGACCUUGCUGGGGUUUCCAGUUUCCAAACCCUCUGUGAUCUCCCAGCUGGAAGGAGGGGAAGAGCCGUGGGUCCUGGAUCUCCAGGGUUCAGAGGAAAACGAGAUCCUGAGAAGUCCCUGGACAGCAGGUGAUGAGGUGGUGAGGGAGAGUGAGGAGCAGAAUCCUCACCAGGAAGAUGCUGAGCUCGCCGAAGCGCAUGGGGAAUUACUGCGAAGAUCCAAAGGGAGCGUGUCCAGCCCCCGUGAUCAGGGAAAAGCUGAUGAAAGUUACCAGAGACAAGAGAGAGAGCAGGGAAACCAGUCAGAGGAGAGAGUGGAUGAACCCAUUAAUUGUCAGGGAACUCACAGGGACCUCAAGGAAACUACGUCCCUGGAGAAGAUCUUCACGGAGAAGCAAGAGAAUACGUGUAGUGAGUGUGGGAAAAACUUCAAUUACCAUUCAGGCCUUAUUCGACAUGAGAUAAUCUACACAAAAGAGAGACUCUACGAAUGCUGUGAGUGUGGGAAAAGUUUCACUCAGAGAUAUACCCUUAUCUCUCAUCAGAGAAUCCACACGGAAGAGUGACCCUACAAAUGCUGCAAGUGCGGGCUAAGCUUCACUCAGAGAUUAGCCCUUAUCUCUCAUCAGACAAUGCACACGGGAGAGCGACCCUGCGAAUGCUGCGAGUGUGGGAAAAGUUUCUCUUGGAGCUCAAACCUUACUAUACAUCAGCGGAUCCACACAGGAGAGAGACCCUAUGAAUGCCGUGAGUGCGGGAAACGUUUCACUCACUUCUUCUCCCUUACCUCUCAUCAGACAACGCACGUAGGAGACCGACCUUCUGAAUGUUGUGAGUGUUGGAAAAGCUUCUCUCGGAGCUCAAACCUUACUAUGCAUCAGAGGAUCCACACAGGAGAGAGACCCUAUGAAUGCCGUGAGUGCGGGAAACGUUUCACUCACUCCUCCUCCCUUAUGUCUCAUCAGACAAUGCACACGGGAGAGCGACCCUACGAAUGCUGCGAGUGUGGGAAAAGCUUCUCUCGGAGCUCAAACCUUACUAUGCAUCAGAGGAUCCACACAGGAGAGAGACCCUAUGAAUGCAGUGACUGUGGGAAACGUUUCACUCACCUCUCCUCCCUUAUCUCUCACCAGAGAGUCCACACGGGAGAGAGACCCUAUGAAUGCAGUGAGUGCGGGAAAAGCUUCUCUCGGAGCUCAACCCUUAUUACACAUUACAGAAUCCACACCGGGCAGAGACCCUAUGAAUGCUGCGAGUGUGGGAAAAGCUUCGCUCAUAGUUCAGCCCUUCUUAAUCAUCAGAGAAUCCACACAGGGGACAGGCCCUAUGAAUGCAGUGAGUGUGGGAAAAGGUUCAUUGAAAGAUCAGCCCUUUCUCAACAUCAGAGAAUCCACACAGGGGAGAGGCCCUAUGAAUGCCAUGAGUGUGGGAAAACCUUCACUAGCAGCUCAGCUUUUUCUGUUCAUCAGAGAAUCCACACAGGGGAGAGGCCCUAUGAAUGCCGUGAGUGUGGGAAAACCUUCACUAGCUGCUCAGCUUUUUCUGUUCAUCAGAGAAUCCACACAGGGGAGAGGCCCUACGAAUGCAAUGAGUGUGGGAAAACCUUCAUUAGCAGCUCAAACCUUUCUAAACAUCAGAGAAUCCACACAGUGGAGAGGCCUUAUGAAUGCCGUGAGUGUGGGAAAACCUUCACUAGCAGCUCAGCCCUUUCUAAUCAUCAGAGAAUCCACACAGGGGAGAGGCCCUAUGAAUGUCGUGAGUGUGGGAAAACCUUCACUAGCAGCUCAGCUUUUUCUGUUCAUCAGAGAAUCCACACAGGGGAGAGGCCUUUUGAAUGCUGUGAGUGUGGGAAAACCUUCAUUAGCAGCUCAAACCUUUCUAAACAUCAGAGAAUCCACACAGGGGAGAGGCCUUAUGAAUGCUGUGAGUGUGGGAAAACCUUCACUAGCAGUUCAGCCCUUUCUAAUCAUCAGAGAAUCCACACAGGGGAAAGGCCCUAUGAAUGCCGUGAGUGUGGGAAAAGGUUCAUUGAAAGAUCAGCCCUUUCUCAACAUCAGAGAAUCCACACAGGGGAGAGGCCCUAUGAAUGCAGUGAGUGUGGGAAAAGGUUCAUUGAAAGAUCAGCCCUUUCUAAACAUCAGAGAAUCCACACAGGGGAGAGGCCCUAUGAAUGCCGUGAGUGUGGGAAAACCUUCACUAGCAGCUCAGCCCUUUCUGUUCAUCAGAGAAUCCACACAGGGGAGAGGCCCUUUGAAUGCUGUGAGUGUGCGAAAACCUUCCUUAGCAGCUCAGACCUUUCUAAACAUCAGAGAAUCCACAUGGGGGAAAGGCCCUAUGAAUGCCGUGAGUGUGGGAAAAGCUUCAUUGAAAGAUCAGGUCUUUCUCAACAUCAGAGAAUCCACACAGGGGAGAGGCCCUAUGAAUGCCGUGAGUGUGGGAAAACCUUCACUAACCGCUCUCACCUUAUCAGACAUCAGAGCAUCCACACAGGUGAGAAACCUUAUGGAUGCUCUGAGUGUGGGAAAUGCUUCAUCGAUAGUUCAGCCCUCAUCUCACAUCAGCGAAUCCAUAGAAGAGAAGUGCCCCACACAUGCUCAGAGUGUGGGAAAAGCUUUAGUCGGAGCUCUACCCUGAACACACAUCGUAGAAUCCACACAGGGGAGAAGCCCUACACGUGCUCUGAGUGCAGGAAAAGCUUCAAUCAGAGCUCCACCCUUAUCACACAUUAUAGAAUCCACACAGGAGAGAGGCCCUACACAUGCACUGAGUGUGGGAAAAGCUUUAGUCGGGGCUCAGACCUUAUCAAACAUAGGAAAAUCCAUGUGGGUGAGAAACCUUAUGGAUGCUCUGAGUGUGGGAAAUGCUUCAUCGAUAGUUCAGCCCUCAUCUCACAUCAGCGAAUCCACACAGGAGAGACGCCCUACACAUGCUCUGAGUGUGGGAAAAGCUUUAGUCAGAGCUCAGACCUUAUCAGACACCAGAGAAUCCACACAAGAGAGACGCCCUACACAUGCUCUGAGUGCAGGAAAAGCUUCAAUCGGGCCUCAAACCUUAUCAGGCAUUGUAGAAUCCACACAGGAGAGACGCCCUACACAUGCGCGAAGUGUGGGAAAAGUUUUAGUCGGAGCUCAAACCUUAUCAGACAUCAGAGAAUCCACACAGGGGAGAAGCCCUACACGUGCUCUGAGUGCGGGAAAAGCUUCAGUUGGAGCUCUACCCUGAUCACGCAUCGUAGAAUCCACACAGGGGAGAAGCCCUACACAUGCUCUGAGUGCGGGAAAAGCUUCAGUCAGAGCUCUACCCUGAUCACGCAUUGUAGAAUCCACACAAGGGAGAUGCCCUACACAUGCUCUGAGAGCGGGAAAAGCUUCAAGCACAGCUCAAACGUUGUCUCACAUAGGAGAAUCCACAUGGGGGAGACUGUGGGAAAAGCUCUGAGUGCGGGAAAAGGUUCAGUCAUUGCUCAAGCCUCAUUAGACAUCAGAAAAUCCACAUGAGAGAGAAUUGUAAUAAAUCCCUUGACUAGGGUUGGCCAAAAAAUUAAAAAAAAAAAAAAUCACAUUU